AUGUCUAACGAAUAUGAAUCAAAAAUCUUGUUUGCUAUUUAUCGUCUAUUUAAGUCUGAAUAAAUUAAUGAAGACUAAAGAGGAGAACUAAAAGGUAAAAUAUUAAUGACCGUAUUAAGAUCUUCUAAUAACAAAGAAUAAUCAAAUAAUGAACCUUAUAGAACCCUAUGAAGAAACCUUGUUAACAAUAUUUGAUAAUAAUUCUGAUAUUACAUCGUAAUGCAGUUAAAAAUCAUACAAACAUUUGAGACCAUCUAAGCUAGAUAUUAGACCUACUUAUAGAAAGUCAUUAUAAGAUAUCUCUUAGAAUAUCAAUCAUUAAAGUCUAUCGACCAUGUUCAAGAAGAAAAAAUUUAUUAAUUGAUUUACUUAUUUAGAC